UGUCAUUAGAUGAAAGGUAGCUAGUGUAUCUGCUCUCUAUGUAACUCAGGCAAAACCUUUUCCAACUGCAACGUUUUUUUCUAUAAUUUUUUAACAAACUAGUCGAUUCGUUAGGGUUGGAGGGAGGUGAAUUGACCCAAGCGACCAAUAAAAUAUCCCUUAAUUGGAAAAGGCACUAAUGGUCUUUUCAUAGACGUUACGAUCUUGAACGGUGGGUGGAAAACCAAUCGAUUUGAAGGUUCAGGUUUGUUGCAUAAGGUGUUAUUCCUACAGCUGGUGUCUGAGAUGUGCGUUACAGUGCGCGAUGCCUUGGGGAACGGCGAGGCGCUGUUAGUGGAGGUCAAGGCUACGGAUCAGCUUGGACAAACGGCACAGAUCUGCGGUCUGCCACCUCCAAUCAGCCACUGCAACAUGUCAAAAGCAUCCGACCAGUUUGACGAUUCCGACUGCGUGUGCUCCUUUGGGAUGAAGUUAACCUGGGAUAUCAACGACCCCAAGUUGCCACAGGACAUCAAACAGUACGACGCUUUCCAGGAAUGGACCGACGGCUACGUCCGCUUCAUCUACACGGCGGAGGACAAGAACGCGCAGAGACACCUGAGCGGCUGGGCCAUGAGGAACACCAACAACCACAACUGCCAGAUCCUGAAGAAGUCCUGCCUCGGCGUGGUCGUCUGCAGCCGGGGCUGCGCGCUGGUGGACGGCAGCAAACUGACGCUCCGGCCGGCCAUCUGCGACAAGGCGCGGCAGAAGCAACAGAAAAAGCUGUGUCCCAACUGCAGUUCUGCCCUGGAACUUGUCCCUUGCCGCGGACACAGUGGCUAUCCAGUCACCAAUUUUUGGAGAUCAGAAGGAAAAGCAAUAUUUUUCCAGGCCAAAGGGGUCCAUGACCAUCCCAGACCAGAAAGCAAGUCAGAGACAGAGGCCAGAAGAAGUGCUGUUAAAAGGAGAGUGUCCUCGCCUCAUUUCUCCCAGAAGAAGAGGCUCAUGGAAUCAGAGGCGGGAAGAUACCACGACACUGGCGGGCAUUUCCCCAACAUCCACCACUUGUCCUGCAUGGACGGCUCGGAGAGGUUCAGCAUCAUCGCAGAAUCCAACUUUCCCAUCCAGGCCCAGCAUUACGCUUCUUUCCAGAAUGCAGAACCCUACAAGUUUGCCUACGACGCGCCCAGUCACACAGCCGACACCACCUCCCCACUGCAGAAGCCUUCCAACCAUCGCCUGUACGUGCCCCGGCCACCCUGUGGCUAUGAAUUUGCUGUCCCCAGCUACCUUGGGUCCGGUUCCUACCCUGCCAUCUACAAGGACUCCAGCAGUCCGCAGCCAGAGUCGGACUCCGGUAAAGUGUGCGCGCAGCUGAACGGCUCUCAACACGGCAUGAGCCCCCUGAACGUUCACGACAGGAGCUACGAUGCCGCCAACAAGCACCACGGCUGGAAGCAGAUUUUGGGCAAAGGAGGCUAUGGUGAAAGGAGUGAGUACAGCCCAGUGCCUGCCAAUUCCAGUCACCCUUAUCAUAACAGCGAGUACCCCUGUAGAUACACAGGCCCGGCCUCUGCCACUCCCCCAGCUCUGCAGACAAUCAUAACCACCACGACCAAGGUGUCCUACCAGCCCUGCAAACCGUCGGUGGUCAAGUACGGCGACAACAUCUACGACGUGAAAAACCUGCAGAACUGCAGCUCCUUGCUGGAAAACGGUCCUGUGGCGUCCUAUCCGGAACUGAAGGUUCCUGAGGAUGCUGGGGUUAUUAAGUCUGCCUUAGCCUAUCAACAAGAAGCACCACCCCCCAAGACGGAAAGAGCAGAAAGCCUGGACUCCUACAGAUAUCCAGGAUACUGUUCCAACAGCUACUCUGAACGAAUAGCUCACCCCUUUAGAUAUGAGAACGGGGAGUACUGAGGAAGGCAGUGGAACCCCGUGAGGGAGACUUAAAAAAAAAACUUUUUUUCAGGACUUCUGUCAGAAGACGUUCAUCUGUACUGUGUCUUUCUCAGUAAAUCAGAAAGGAUGUAAGUGACUGGUCAGGCAAAUGCUUGGCACUAUUCCACACCUUUUGUAAUUAUUUGUGGUUAUUUAUAGACUUGUUAAAGCAACGUGUGAUAUACUGUAUAUAUGUAAGUGGCACAAAGUGUUCAUUGAAGCCAUGUACUGUUCAUAUGUCUGUGUGCAUCAUUUCACAUUCAGCUGUGGCUACUACCUUUAGAAAGAACAGGACCUGGGCAUACUACUGUACGGCUAUGAUAUUCAAAACAGUUGUGACACUUCUUAGUAAAUCUUAUUUUUAGUAA